UGCUGCAACCAGAAGAAUUAGUGGUUUUUAUUUGAAACACAUUCACAUCUGCUCAACAAGGUUGACAGUGCACCUUCUUUGUUACAAUUCAACAUGCUUUUGAGAGCGCUUCUUGUGGCUCUUUCGCUGCAGUUAUGUGCUUCUACUGACACUAUAACUCCUAGCAGUCCCCUCAGAGCAGGUGAUUUACUGACAUCUAAAGCCGGAAAGUUUACCUUAGGAUUUUUCAGCCCCGGAAAUACCACUCGAAGGUACGUCGGAAUCUGGUUCACAAAGGUUUCUGUGCUUACUGCUGUUUGGGUUGCAAAUAGAGAUAGACCCAUCUAUGGUUCCAAUGGAACCUUUUCGAUCAUUGAAGGCGGGCAUCUUACACUUACCUCCGGGAAAACUGAUGCAUGGUCCACAAAUAUUUCGGUUCCCGUCUCCCUAAACAAAACUAAUAGCACCUCAUGUCAACUGCUAGAUUCUGGAAAUUUAGUCUUGACUGCUGAUAAUGGCAAAACUCUGCUGUGGCAAAGUUUUGAUCAUAUAACAGACACUUUUCUGCCAGGAAUGACGCUUGGGUUAGAUAAAAGAACUGGUUUAAACCGAUAUUUAACCUCUUGGAAAUCAAAAGAUGAUCCAAGUUCUGGAAAAUACACCUUUCAAGUUGACCCGAAAGGAUCUCCUCAAUUCUUCUUGUACCAUGGUUCGGACCCAGUAUGGCGAACAGGUCCAUGGGUAGGACAGAAAUGGAGUGGAGUUCCAGAUAUGACUCAUGCUUAUAUCUUCAACUAUAGUUUUGUCAGCAAUGCAAAUGAGGUUUCCGUAACCUACAACGUUCUUAGCGAUUCUAUCAUCACAAUCUUCUCGGUGGAUGGUCUUACAAGAACAGUCCAGAGACAGACAUGGCAUGAAAAUACGAAACGUUGGAUCAAGUUCUGGUCAGCACCAAAGGAGCUUUGUGAUCAGUAUGGGGAGUGUGGUCCUUUUGGUAACUGCAACCCCAAUGGUGGCAAUCAAUUUCAAUGCACCUGUUAUCCUGGGUAUAAGCCUAAAUCACCGCGAGAUUGGUAUCUGAGAGACGGUUCAGAAGGUUGUGUAAGAGAAGAAAACAGGUCAAUGUGCAGAAACGGAGAAGGAUUCUUGAAGUUAGCAAGUGUUAAGUUGCCAGAUACAUCGAAAGCUGUAGUGAACAAGAGCUCGACAUUGAAACAAUGUGAACAAGAGUGCUUGAAGAACUGCUCUUGCGUUGGAUAUACUAGUGCAGACGACAGCGGUGGAGGCAGUGGCUGCAUUUCACUGUACGGCCAGUUGAUGGAUACCAGAAUGUAUCCUAUUGGGGGCCAAGAUGUAUACUUCCGGGCCGAUGCAGUUGAGCUAGCAAAAUACCGGAGGUCAAAAGGCCUUUUUGCAAAUAAGAAACUGGAAGCACUUCUCAUAGGGCUUGUGGUGCUAACAUUUUUAUUAUUGAUCCUUUUCGUGGUCUAUUGGGUACAUCAGAAGAUUAAAAAAGAACGGCAAGAGGAAGCUGAAAGGUCUCUUUGGACGAAAGAUGCUAAAGAAAGUGAUGCCAGUUCAGAAUUACCCUUCUUUACUCGUAGCGAAAUAGCUGCAGCUACAGACAAUUUCAGUUUGGCUAAUAAGCUUGGAGAAGGUGGUUUCGGAUCAGUGUACAAGGGUCGAAUGGAAAAUGGGCAAGAAAUUGCUGUAAAAAAACUGGCUCCGAAUUCAGGGCAAGGUAUACAAGAAUUUAAGAAUGAAGUUAGGCUGAUUGCUAAACUUCAGCACAGGAACCUUGUGAAGAUGUUAGGGUGUUGCAUUAGAGGAGACGAGAAGAUGUUGAUCUAUGAAUUCAUGCCAAACAAAAGCUUGGACUAUUUCAUUUUCAAGGAGGAGAAUAAGUUGUCUUUGGAUUGGAAUAAACGCUUUGACAUCAUAAUGGGGAUCGCUAGAGGGAUGUUAUAUCUUCACCAAGACUCGCGACUAAGGAUCAUCCACAGGGACAUGAAAGCAAGCAAUGUCUUGCUGGAUAAGGAUAUGGUUCCCAAAAUCUCAGAUUUUGGAAUGGCUAGAAUUUUUGGAAAUGAGCAAGUGCAAGUAAACACUACCAGGGUGGUCGGAACCUAUGGAUAUAUGGCACCAGAGUAUGCACUGGAGGGACUGAUGUCUGUAAAGUCUGAUGUCUUUAGCUUUGGAGUCUUGUUACUGGAAAUUAUUACUGGUAGAAAAAACUCGGGUCUUUAUCAUGACAAUCCUUCUAUAAAUUUAGUUGGUCAUGUUUGGGAGCUUUGGAAAGAAGGAAAAUCCUCAGAAAUUGUUGAUCCAUGUUUGAAAGAUGCAGAUAAUGAGGAAUUCUUAAUAUGCAUACAAACUGGACUAUUAUGUGUGCAAGAAUGUGCAGAUGAUAGACCAACAAUGUCAGCAGUAGUUUUUAUGUUGAGCAACAAAGUCAAAAUUCCUUUUCCUAAUCAACCUGCAUUUAUCCACAAAGGGCGUCAACAAGAUGCAGAUCCAUCAUCAUCUAGUGCUGGUGCAUAUUCGGUAAAUGAACUCUCAAUCACUUCCAUGAUUGACGGUCGCUGAGGCCGAGGCCGAGGCCAGGGUCGGGUAAUCAGGUUAAUCUGAGCUUCUAUGUGAUUUCAGUUUGAACAUUUCAUACUACUAGGCAGUGGCGGACCCAGGAUUUUCCGACUGGUGAGUCACAAUCGAUAAUCAAAUAUGUUAAAAAAAUUUUUUUACCAAACAACCAAAUAAUAGUACUAAAAAAUACAUCCAAAUAUUCAAACAGUACAAAAUACAACCAAAUGUUCAUAUAAUACUACAAAAGACAACUAAAUAGUAAUGCAAACUUAUUAAAAUAGUUCUCGACGAGUUUUCAUGUUUUGAUAUCGAUUCAUGAUAUCUUCCAUGCUAACAUUCAAAAACAAAUCAUUCUCCAAAUAAGUAAUUAAACAAUCAUUCAACAUUUGAUCUCCCAUGCUAUUUCGUAGUUUGUCUUUCACUUGCUUCAUGCCAGAAAAUACUCUUUCCACACUUGCCGUUGCGACAGGAAGAAGCAACACCAAUUUCAAAAGUAAAUAGACCCUAUCAUGAGUUUCAGACAAUCCCGUUUCAACCAAUUUGAUUGAAAGAUCACUAAGACCCUUCAAAUUCCAAAACCUUUCAUCUCCUCUAACAGAACAAAUGUAACUAUCAAGUGUAUGACCAAAGACUAUCAAUUCUGAACUUGGAAAUUCAUUAGGAUAGAAUUUUGCAAGCUUAAUCAAUUUUUCCUUAUCAAACUUAGAAAAACGAUCCACAGGACUCAAACAAGACAUACACACAAGUAGUUCUUUAGUUAUUUCGGGAAAUCGAUUUUCAAGUUCUUGCAAUUGAAGAUCAAUGACACCAAAAAAAACUUCAACUCGAAAAUGAUGUAGAUUGGACACUUGUGGGCAUUUACCUCUAAACAACCUCCUCCCGGGAACAACAUAUUUAGCCUCCAUAUCUGGAACUGCAAUGUCAUAGUCACCAAUAAAAGAAAUUACCUUUUCCAUAUGAGAAUCCCAUUCUUCAUCUCUCAUUUUUUGCAAAUUAGUCUUGGUUACAUUAACCAUGGCCAUUGCAUUCACAAUGUCUUGAUCGUGCUUUUGUAAGGCCACAUUCAAAGCAUUUGUUAUCGCAAAUAUACUAACCAUCAAGUGUGCCACGAACACAAAAUCAAAGGACAUCAGAAGAUUUGUAAGUGUUUGAGCUCUAUUAGAAUCUAUUGUAUCAGAUACUUUUGCAAUAUCCUCAAGAGAACCAAGGAUUACAGCCACUAGGAUGUCUAUUAAGAAAUGCUCUAAUAUUAUAGGGAGUAGUUUUUGCUGUAAGAAUGGAUACAGUAUAUGGUUAAAGUUAUGAAGGUAUUCACAUGUAAAAAAGGGUUGGGAAAUACUACUGUAUAAUAUAUUGUUUACGGAAUUUCAAAUAAUAAUUAAUAAUUUAUUUGACUAGCUCACAAAUGUUGACGUUAUUUUUAGACAGUUGACUUUAGCAAAAUGUAUUGACUUUUUUGUACCGGCUUAUUUAUGACUCUGGAAAUACUAGAGGGGCAUUAAAGUCAAAAUAUUCUUAUCCCACCAACGUCUCCAUUUUAUCUACACAUUCACGCGCUAAAUAGAGGGUUAUACUUAUACUUCAGCUGUUCAGCAUAAAUAAUACUCGGUACUCCUUACUUAGUUUUGUGAAUUAAAAGUUUUUUUUUUUUUUUUUUUUUGACAUAAUCUUAAAUAGAUUACAUAUAAUUAUUAAAAGACGAAGGACUACUACUGGCUAUAGUAGCUAGGUCAUGAGCUUUCUGUACCAUGUCCCAUUGAACCUUAUGGACACAACACCAAUCAAAACCUGUGCUCAACUGUCGAAUUCGAUCCGCUGUCCAACGAAGACCAAUAUCACUCACCUGUGUAUCCUGCAGUAGUAGGAUCAUAGACGAAGAGUCCGUGUAUAUAGUUACUGCUGGCAAGGACCUUGUCGCAGCCCAUUAGAGACCUUGUAGACAGGCGUUCAUCUCCGCAUGUAGAGCUUAUUGAGCCAAACCGUUGCUAGCUCCCCCCAGUAGUAGCCCUUGAUCCCCUUGAACACCAUUCUCCAUGCACCAGCCCAUCCUUGAUCUAUGAGUCUGCUUAUGCUAAGAACCAUCGACCAGAAUCACUGUAGGCAACACACCCAUCCCACUAUCACAAAGGACAACUCGCAUAAACCCUGGCGGGUAGUUUGCAACCAUUUCUUGUUGGUGUAAAGAUCUCAAGCUAUCCUCAAGUUUCUUGUAGAACAAACCCUGCUGGCGCAAACCCCCUCAUAAAUUAGCGCCGGCGUUGACAGGCCAGACGGAGUUGAGGAUCUGAAACCCCUGUUAUUCCUUGCUAUCCACAAACCUCACAAGGUUGCGAUGAAAAAAGUAGUCUUAUGACCAUUGUGACCAUCCUGGCCUAAAAAUAGGCAGAUAUAAUACAUAAUCUAAUCAUGAAAAGACUGGUCUGCGUUAGCUUCUGAGUGGAUAUGUAAAAUACCACCCCUCCAAACAUCCUGAGCAGUUGUGCAAAACCUGAACAAAUGUGUAAAUCCUCCUCCUGCGAUCCACAAAGGUCGCAUCCCACAGAAAUCUCAAGUCCCCUUCUCCCCAAAUUAGCUUUAGUAGCAAUUCCAUCCAGAGAAGUUUCCAUAUAAAAAGUUUCCACUUUGGCAGAAUGGGGAGGGAGCAAAGGGACUUAAAAUAUCCUCUCGUACCACAGCCCUCGAGUCCACGGAAGAACGUUUAAGGAAGGCAUACCCCGUCUUUACUGUGAAUCUUCCCGACUUAUGAAAAUUCCAGAACAUGUAGUCUUCCUCAUCGUGAACCGGUAAUUCCAAGCUUGCAAUUACCGACACAUCCUUAGGCUCGAAAGCAACGUCUAGUCGUGCCUGGUUCCAACCAUGAGCUUCAGGGUCCAAAAAAUGACUCACCCUCCAAGUUUUUGCCUGACGGAGCGUGAUGUUGGAAUUAAAAACCGGUACCUCCCCUUUCGUCCACCUGUCCUUACCUGCCAAUAUGGACUUUCCAUUCCCCACCUUCCAACCACAACCCCCAACAAGGUUAUUCCCGGCUCUAGCGGGACCUCGCAUUCCCCGAGAGAAAUUCCUAUUUGUCAUUCUUACCUGAGUUCCUCCUAAGAGCGGAGAAUGAAACCUUGCUUAAC